CUCCAAUGCUUCACUUCAUCAAUUCUCUACUCCUUUCUUAGCUUCCAUACCAUUGUAUUUUCAGCUCAAAAAGAUGAAGUUACUUCUAGCAACUCUGCUUUUGUUCACUCUUGUUCUUACCCCUUCUUUCAUUCAAACAACUAUGGCUGGUUCAAGUUAUUGUGAUUCAAAGUGCAAGUUGAGGUGCGCAAAGGCAGGAGUAAUGGAUAGAUGUUUGAAGUACUGUGGAAUUUGUUGUGAAGAAUGCAAGUGUGUGCCUUCUGGAACUUAUGGAAACAAGCACGAGUGCCCUUGUUACAGGGACAAGAAAAAUAAUAAGGGCAAGCCUAAAUGCCCUUGAAUUUCACUGCUCUUUUAACCAACUUUUUGUGUCCCAAAUAUAUACAGAAAUGCAGAAAUCCCAUGUUUUGAACCCUGCAAAUGGUCCAUUCCUCUUUAAAUAUCAGUUUUCUAGGUAUGCUAGUAAUAUAUAGUGUCAAGUUUAGAAUGAAUAAAUGCUAUUACCAAUAAAAGGGGGCUCUUUUGAGCUCUCUUAUGUAAUUUACAUGCUCUGUUCCAUUUAUAAGUUGGUCAUCUUUACAUUUUAAAUGUACUGGGUUUUGAAUUUUAUAAUUAAUUUGCAGUUUGCUA